GCCGCGGCCAGCGGCGGGGGAUAAAUACUGCAGCUGGGACAGCCAGCAGCGCAGCACUCCAGGGAGCCAGGCGCGCCUGCGACCCUCCCCAGCGCCAGCGACCCUGCGAGCGCAGGGUGCCCCGCUCUGUUCCCCCAGACCCGCAACCCUCCGCGCCAGUCCCUGCAUCCGUCCGCGUCGCGGGCCCCAGCUCCCCGAUCGUCCCCCCCGGGCGGCGCGUCCCCGAGGCCGCCGGGCCGGUCGGGUCCUUCAGUCCGUCCUGACCGUCGGUCGCGUCCGCUCGCGGCGCCAUGCCAUUCCUCGGGCAGGACUGGCGGUCCCCCGGGCAGAGCUGGGUGAAGACGGCCGACGGCUGGAAGCGCUUCCUGGAUGAGAAGAGCGGCAGCUUUGUGAGCGACCUCAGCAGUUACUGCAACAAGGAAGUGUACAAUAAGGAGAAUCUUUUCAACAGCCUGAACUAUGAUGUUGCAGCCAAGAAGAGAAAGAAGGACAUACUGAAUAGCAAAACCAAAACUCAGUAUUUCCACCAAGAAAAAUGGAUCUAUGUUCACAAAGGAAGCACUAAAGAGCGCCAUGGAUAUUGCACUUUGGGGGAAGCUUUCAACAGACUGGACUUUUCAACUGCCAUUCUGGAUUCCAGAAGAUUUAACUACGUAGUGCGGCUGUUGGAACUGAUAGCAAAGUCACAGCUCACAUCCCUGAGUGGCAUCGCCCAAAAGAACUUCAUGAACAUUUUGGAAAAAGUGGUAUUGAAAGUCCUUGAAGACCAGCAAAACAUUAGACUAAUAAGAGAACUACUGCAGACCCUCUACACGUCCUUAUGUACACUGGUGCAAAGAGUCGGCAAGUCUGUGCUGGUUGGGAACAUUAACAUGUGGGUGUAUCGGAUGGAGACGAUUCUGCACUGGCAGCAGCAGCUGAACAACAUCCAGAUCACCAGGCCUGCCUUCAAAGGCCUCACCUUCACUGACCUGCCCCUGUGCUUGCAACUGAACAUCAUGCAGCGGCUGAGCGACGGGCGGGACCUGGUCAGCCUGGGCCAGGCAGCCCCUGACCUGCACGUGCUCAGCGAGGACCGGCUGCUGUGGAAGAAGCUCUGCCAGUACCACUUCUCCGAGCGCCAGAUCCGCAAGCGAUUAAUUUUGUCAGACAAAGGGCAGCUGGAUUGGAAGAAGAUGUAUUUUAAACUUAUUCGAUGUUACCCAAGGAAAGAGCAAUAUGGAGACACCCUUCAGCUUUGCAAACACUGUCACAUUCUUUCCUGGAAGGGCACUGACCAUCCGUGCACCGCCAAUAACCCAGAGAGCUGCUCCGUUUCACUUUCACCCCAGGACUUUAUCAACUUGUUCAAGUUCUGAAUCUCAGCACGUGACAACACUGCAGAAGGGUCCCCCUGCUGAUUGGAUCGCUGGGAAUAUGGUGUUUGGACGCUUCAUUUGUAAAUAGUGUACAUUUUAAACAUUGGCUCAAAACUUCUGAGAUAAGUCAUUGAGAAGACAUUGGAGGGGAAGGAUGCAGUUGCUGACUGGGAAUUUAAGAAUGUGAACUUCUCAUUAGAAUUGGUAUGGAAAACAGAAAUACUGUAAAUAAACUUUUUUUUUUUCCUAACAAUUUGCCAGCAAGACUAUAAGGGGCAAGAAUUCUAUUUCAGCAGUGAAAAUGGAAUUCUCUUGAUGUUUGUGGAAACUCCUUUAUAGUUCCCUAGGAAGAAAAAGGCAAAACUCAGAUACAAAAUAGAACACUCUUUGUUUACAAUGUGAAAAUUUGUUUAGGAAGAAAAAAGAGAGGGAGAAAGAAGAAAAACUACAUAUAAGAAAUCCUUGGGUUUUGGGUUUUGAUUUGGAGUUUGUUUUGAAAAGCAAGGAAAGCACAGCACCACCCAUCCUAACCCGCGCAGGCGUAGGGCCUUAUCCCGCAGAGACACCACACAAGGGUCUACCUCUAACGUAGAGUGCUCUGACAACGCGCAUGAUACAAUAGGCAGUGUCUGUUCUUCUCGUAAAUGUUUUCAUCACUAUAAAAAGUGAUUUUAAAUAGAAAGGGAUGUUGGGAGCAACCCUCACCUUGUUUCACACUCCCUUUUCAGGCAAACAGGGCCCUCUUUGGAGGUGCCUCUUUCCUAGAACCACCCCAGAGUACUUUUUUUCCUUUCAUGUUGUGACUCCUCUGGGGAAACAGAAGGCCAAUUUAAAACAGUUCCAGAGGAAGUCCUGCCGCAGAAGAGAUAGAAUUAGUCUCGCGAUAGGUGUGAAGGUUUCCUGAUUCCCCUUGAACUUCCUGGCUCUUCCAGGCCUCCUUGGGUAUCCUCCUGGAUGAGGAUACGUCUGUGGACUGAUUGGAGCCCAAGUGCUGAGGCUUGAAAGACUGGUUUUCCCUAUCAGCCCAUUCGAUGUUUUACCCGUUGCUGUUCCCCUUGCCAGGGUGAUGAGCUGGGGAGCUUUUCUUUAGGUCCGACAUCAAAGUUUAAUCAACCUGAGCCAGGGCUUUUGGCAAGGUUGAUUAAAAGUAAAGGCUGGCGUUCCACCCAAAUAGGAAGCAGAGGUACCAUAAGUUCAUCUUAAACUUGCUUGGGAGCUGGACAGUCAAAAACAUGAAGACCCCAGGGGGUCCUACCAGGCAAAUAUUAGCAGUCACUGUGGAAGAAAGGAAAUCUCAGGACUUUAUGAGUUAAUUGUAAAAUAUUCCUGGGAAGGGCUGGGGGAUGUUUUUGUUUUUUACUUUUUAUAGAGUGUUGCUUUUCUACAACAAUGUACAUAUAUUUGCAGUUGUAUUUGCUUUUGUUUUUUUUUUUUUUUUCCAAAUAAAAUUGUCACCCUGCAUGCCGUUGGCAAAAAAGUGAAGCAGAAAUAGGAACUUGGUUCACAUUCAUGUUGAGGAACAGUGUAUCCUUAAAGGUUGAUCUUUGGGGUGAUCCAGAAAAGGGGAAAGAUGGCUAAGCAUGUAUAGAAACAAGGCAAGGGACAAGCUAGUGACGAAACACCUUGUCAUAACCUUCCCUCAAUAACACAAUCUGCAUGUCAGCAUUCUGAAGAGAAGCAAACUACUAUUCAGUGCUCCUCACUUUGCAAUGUUUGUGCCUACAGCAGGACUUCUCAGUAUUUUUUUCAUUAUCAUCCCAAGACGAAAAAACCUAAAAUGAAUUUAAAUUUUCCCUAAUAAGAAAAAGUAAAUAUGAAAGAAUAAGAUUUCUGUUGCGUAAGGUUGAGCCUUGGAGGGCCAGAAACCAUUGUAAUAACUAAGGUUUAUUUUUUGCAAUCUUCUUCUCCCCCUGAAUCAAUUUCACAUUGGGAAUGCAGGGCCUAGCAUGUUGAAUAAAAAGCUACUUCUUCCAUAAUUGUCAGGUUCUCUCAAAUUUCUCAGCUUCCUUAAAGAUGUAGGGUGGAGCUGGGUCUGCCAUUACUGGGAGAGCUCUGGAAACUUUGACUACAAAUGACAGUUUUAGAUUGAGGGUUUCAUGGCCUUCUGCAUCUUCCUGUCCACUUGUGACCUCUGCUCUUUCCUGCUGAUCAAGAAGGUAGAAACUCCCCAGCCCCUUCAGGUUUGCAGUCCUAGAAACGUGGCCAGCUUUGUACUGCUAGCACAAAACUGGGGAACCAGGCAACAGCAUGCAUCUGCGCAAGAUGACCCUGCCCCAAGUGACAGGGUUACCGUCUUCUGAAAUGUUUGCCAAGAUGGUGCCUGUGGGCUCUCCCCGUGUCCUUUGAUGGUAUUGGAGGUGGUGUAUGACAGAGUCAAGGAAAUUUAAGGGAAAAAGAGGAAAUCAACAUUUAUGGUUCGCCUUCAUUGGAAGACGAGAAUGGGAAGGAAAUGGCAGGUGGAGAGGGAGAGGGAAAGGCAUAGAAAUGGCAUGUCUCUGAUGCUGUGGCUUGUGUAUGUGAUGGGAAGUGCACAGCAUGCACGGACAGUCUGUGCUGGACACCUGUGGUACCUGUUCAGCAUGACCGGAGCCUCAGAUAUAAGUAAAGUGAGUUAAAAACUAAACUUUUGCUCCCUGGGCACUAAUAGUCUAUAGAAUUCCUAUGGGCAAAUCCUCUCAGGACAACCUGACCUAGAAAAUAUAAACAAAGAAUCCCUGUCUCAGAACUGCUGGUCUAAAAGCCAGAAGGGCAUGACGAUGGCAAUUGCUGGAAGAGAUAGAAUGCUCUACUCCCUUUGCUGUGCCUACCUACCCCCACCCUAAACCCUGUAAAGCAGAAUUCAAAAUUGAUGUCAACUAUGAAGUAAGUAAUUCAGACUUCCAAAGAAGGCAAGUGUUCUGUCCAGGGCAGUGGGAGCAAAUCCACAGGGAUGUUAAGAUUUGGUCCAGCUCAAGGUUUGUGGGCAGCCAGCCUAGGAGUCUCUUGAGAGUAAGGCCCAGCAUUUGGGGAAAGGAGAAUAUGUGAAGUUUAGGAGUGUUCACUUUAGAACAAGAUCCAGAAAAAGAAAAUCCAAUGACAUUUUAAACUAGAUUGCGUUAUUACUCAACGCUGUUACUUUGGGCAGACAAAUCAGUUGAAUGGAAGGGCAGGUGGCAGAAACGAACAAGUUACAGGGUAAAAACAUCCCCAUAUGUCAUUUGUAAGAUGAUAUGUGUUUGAUGAUGAUGAAUUUCAUACUGAAGUGGCCUGGAGGACGUUUUUCGGAGGCACUGGCUUUACACUGCAAAACUCUCCACACAAGAGCAGGUUCCACUUGCACCUGUGAAGUACGGUAGUGGGUGUGUAUUGUUAUUGCCACAGCUCUCACCUUUGUGGAUUCACAAACCCUUUCCCAUAACGAGCUUGCUAUUAACAAAGGCUCCUUGUUUCUGUUGUUUUUAUAUGGGAGAAGAGAAAGAGCUUGGAAUUUCAUUUGUCUAAGCAAGUGGUAUGAUUUACAAGGAGGUAAAUCAUUCAAGAGAGGUUCAACAGUGUAUCAUUCUUAGCAUUCAAUACAAUGUUUAUCAUAAAAUAUGCACCUGAGUUUAUGUUUUUCUGCCAGGCUGUAGGGCAAUAAUGUCUUGCUAGGCAAACACUCUAUUUUAUGUGUGAUUUUUUUUAACUAUCAUUUUAUGUGUGAAUUUUUUUAACUAAACUCUAUCAUCAUUUUCUAUGUUGACAUCUGGUUUUUUUUUAAUCUGUUUCCAAGUAUCUUAGUCUGUGAACCAUCUCAUCUGACUGGAUACUAGCCUAAAAUCCUAUUAGGGCUUAAACAGACCUCAGAAGCACCCCAAAUCUCUAGGCAAAUGCAGAGAUGUUGCUCUUUAAUAUAUCUUGGGCCCUUGAUGGCUUCAACAAACAAGAUAAUUCCUUUAAACUCAACAUUUUCCAUAGAUGCUUUCUUCUCUGUUCAUAGAGGAGAAUAAACCCUCUGUAGUUUUCCAAGGAAGGAAACUCCUACCCCAGACUUUAGACCUGGAAGGGACGUUACAGAUGGUGGAGUCUGACACUCCUUCUGCCUUUCAAGAUGGGAAGUGGGUCCAGAAUGUUUAGGAACAUGCCUCAGCCCACCUGGUACUCAGUGGCAGGGCUGAGUGUCAGCCUGGGGCCUCCUGAGGCCUGACCUCGUGUGCUCCUGCCCCCCACGCCAAGCACUUUUUGGUAUGGCUGGAGACACAUGACCCCAACGUCAUUCUUCUCAAGACCUUCUCUGUGGAAGGCAUGGGAGACUGGCCAGUGUUGGUCAUCUGGCCUUUAACUUUUCCAAACAUUUUAAGUCCCUGAUUCUUAUUGGAGAGGUUAAGGAGCAACUGGAUGUUUUUAGGCCUCUGACUCUGUUGUGUGUAUGGCAUUCUAGUGAGUACAGCCUGCUUGCUAUAAAGGAAGCAGCAUGUUUUGGCAAAUUCAUUUUUUUCCUUGGGCACUUACAUUUUAAUUACAAAAAGAGGGCCUUUAUAGAAAUAGAUAAGGGCUGAGCAGUGGCUUUCUAAAAACCGAGGUUCUGAUGGUAACCAACCAGGAAUUUCCUCUGCCUUAGACUCAGAGGUACAUUUAAUCCAUCUGCUCCAUCUCCUCCUCUUCUAGUACCAGCUGUUGAGAUCCAAUGAGUUUCUGUCCCAGGGGAAGUUCACUCUCUGCUAAACCUCAUCUUUACUAAGCAAAGGGGGAUUAUUCCAUGAGGCAGCAAGGAGCAAGGGCCUACAAUAUCCAUUACUUUGCUGGUCAUUUUUUCAAAGUGUCCUUGAACAUACUCAGCAAACAAAGCUUCCUGAAAAAUCUCUCAAAACUUAGCCACUUGGCCAAAAAUGGAUGACUGCUCCAAAACUCUGAACUUCUUGAAACUCCAUCUGCUAUGAAAUUACUUCUGGAGUUUGAACAUGACUUCUUCUGUCUUUCAGUAUAGAUGUGUGUGUUUAAUUAACAAUGCACAAGUCUGUUAAACAGAAGGCUCCAAGCUGUGCUCUCCACUUGGGAAGCCCUAGCGCCAUCUUUAUUCUACCAAGUGCCAAGCACCCUGGCUAAAGGGGGUGUAUAUUACAGCCCAAGUCCUAAGCUUAGAAGCUUUAAUGUACUUUUUUUUAAUGAAAAAUAUUAGAGGGGGUUGAACAUUGUAACUAAAAGCAUAAGGUUAGACCAAUUAUAUGCAAAGAUGUUUAUUUAAUAUUGUGUGAGCUGAGUCCUUCUGUAUAAAUUAUUUGCACACUUUUCUUGCAUGAUGAACUGAUUUUUUUAUAGUUGUUUGUACCAGACGGUGGCAUAUUUUUGUAAAAAACUUUUGACACUGAAUUGCAAUAAAUGUUUUUCCAACAACA